AGAAAUAUCCUCAAACAAAACAUGUAUUUACAACGCAUACCCCUCCUGCAACUCCUGCUGUCCUCCUUUACAUAAAGUCAAAAAGGUGAACUCAAUUCUCACUUUCUCUCUCUAUCAUCCAUAGAAAUCAUCGCGUGUAGAAAAUUUCCCCCUCCCACUUUUUUUAGAUGAACCAAACACCCCCUGGGUUUAUCUCUCUUUAUCUCCCCCUCCAUUUCUGGCAUUCUUCUGCUCUUACACUUAUAAAACAGGAGAGAGAAAAUCAAGAGCAACUGACUGUUUUAUGAUGAUUCAAGAAAGAAGGUGGGUAUAAUCAGUCUCGAAAUAUUAAAAUUCUGCAUAAAAAAAUGGUGUCAGAUUCUUCCUGAAGCAGACCCAAAAAAAAACUAAAAGGAAAAAGGGUUGAUUUUGGUUGGGUCCCAGCUAUCAUCUUCGGAGUAGUGUAUUGUUUACCCUCAACAUUUGUCAAAUUUCCGCUUUUCUUUUUUUUUGUUUGAUAAUUUUGAUUUGAUCAGACUUUAAUGGAAGCUACCCACAUGGGAUUUCGUACAUUAUUUGUGAGUACAAUUUUACAGGAAAAAAAGGGUCAGUGUUGAAAAUCAUUACCCCACCAUUAUUUCGGAUUUGGGACCCUUUUUUUUUGGUCGGUUUUCAUUUCAGCAAAGUUAAAGUUGUGGGAUUUUCAAUUCUUUCAACAAUCAUUACACUCUGGAAGAAUUUCCCUUUUGACACUUUAAUUUUCUGAUUGUUGGAGUGAAAAUAGUAUACCCAAAUUUGAUGCUUUUUUUUCUUCUUCUUCUGGGAAUUCAAUGCUGAAUCUCUAGUUGGGGGUUUUCUUUCGAUUGUUGUACCCCCAAGUUUCAAAGAGUGUUCCGUGUACGUAUCCCCGGCUUUUUUUGAGCAGAUUGAAGAAUUGGGUUGUUUUGCAAGACACAGUACCUAUUUGUUUGAGCUUUAAUUUGGAAGUUUGGAGAGUGCAUGGAAUUUCUGGGGAAAAUUCGUUCAUCUUUUUGAAGAUCAGAUUGUCCAAUUUUGAGGGUUUGGCAUCUUUUUUUUGAGUGGGAAGAAACGUGCAGGUGUUGGAAGUAUUGAUUCCUUGCUAUCAAAUGAAGGUUUGACAGAUUCUUGGUAGGAAUUUUUCUGAUAGCUGGAUUGAAUCAGCUUUUCAAUUUUGGUGGGGUUUUAUUAAAAUUGAAGAAAUUUGGUAUUUUUUCAGGUAGAUACAUUCUGGCUAAGGUACUUGCUGUUCAAUAUGGCAAAGGGAUCAAGAAAAAGGGUUACCAGAUAUCAGAAGGAUCAGUCAGGUUGUAUGUGGGGUUUGAUUAGUAGGAGUAUCUUUGAUUUCCGCCAUGGUCGCUCCUCUCAGAAACUGCUGGUGGAUAGGAAGCGUGGGAGCAGGCGACUAGAUGGGGCUGCAUAUGCAACUAUAAAGCUUGAGUCAUUGACUGAUUCGUGUGAAAUCUGUAAUGAUAUUGAUGGCUCUGUUCAAUGUGAAACAGAAGCAAGUGACAUUAGUAAAUUGAGCGUGAAAGAGCUAAUGGAGGAAGAGAUGCUUGGAGAGCAAGAUCAGAAAAUUCAAGAAAACAUUGCUAAUGGAGAAACAAAGCUGAAUACAACAGGUGAUGGAAGCCAUUUGAAGAAGAAUCGUCGAUGGAUGAGAAACAAGAUGUCCCUUGAUCUAGAUGCUAGUGGCUUCGUUGCAGCUGAGGACUUAAAAGCCGAAAGGCCUAGUCACCGAAAGCACAAAUCCUGUGGUAGCGUCGACUUAAAUGUAAUUGUGGAAGAACUGUGUAGUAGGAUUCACCAGAAGGAUACUAGUUGUCUGAAACAUGUUCAAGAUGGAGAACGUGACAUCCAAUCCACGGAAGAUCCUUCCGAUGUUGAGAAAAGAUUGUGGGAGUCAACAAAGGUUUUAGUGAAUCAUUUUACUGAUGGAAAUAGCUGCAGUAAAAAUGGUAAAAUCCAACCUUCAAAAGAACUCACGGACGCCCUUCAAAUCCUGAAUUCAAACAAAGAUUUGUUUCUGAAGCUUCUGCAGGAUCCCAAUUCACAGUUGGUGAAACACAUACAAAGCUCUCAGGAUAUUCAAGUUGAGGAGGGUAAAUUUAAAGUGCUGACAGGAUCUGACAUGUCACAACAUGAUAUUGGCAAUGCUAAACAACAGAACUUUUGGAGGAGGUUUAAGGGGUUGGAGAGAAAUUCAUCAAAGAGAACUGAUACUUCUGAAGAUAAAAACAGAAUUGUUGUUUUAAAACCUGGUCCACCAAGCUCUACUAAUUCGGGUACGACCACCCCUAGCAGUUCAUUGGCAGAGUCGCCUCAGACUGCUGGAGAUAGAGCUCAAAUUGAAAGAGCAUUUUCUCCCUUUUCCUUCGCGGAGUUUAAGAGAAAGUUGAAACAAGCCAUUAGGAAAGAGCAACAUGGGCUGCAGUCACAUCAAUAUUCAGAUGAGCAGCCAAAUCUGGGUAAUCGAGACAAGAAAAAUAGUGGAGAAACAAUUGGAAUGAAUUCUCCUGGUAGAGACCAUUUCUUUAUAGAAAGAAUUCCUAAAACUUCAGUUGGCAUCAAGAAGGUUGACAAAACAGAAAAGCUAAAAGAUGACAGUGCACUUACCCCUGAGCAAAGGGUGUCCAACAUCUAUAUUGAAGCUAGGAAACAUCUUGCUGAGAUUGUAGGGAAUGGGGACAUAGAUGGGGCAGAUAAUCCCGGCAAAAAGAGGCCCAGGUCUCUUGGUAGAAUUCUUGCUUAUUCUGGUUACAGUUCUCCUAUCUGUAGUCCUAGAACAGAGGGAGCUAUGAGAUUACCACCUAAUGGGGAAUGUAAAAUAGGUGAUGGGAAGGCAUCACAGGUUAUGCAAGCAGCCACUUGCAGCCAUCCAGCUCAAGUGAAGCAAGAGACAGACAGUGAGCUAUGCACAACUGCUGAUAAACCCGUCUGUGGAGCUGAGGUUCCUAUUGUUGAACCUCGUGUCUCUGACAAGCUUCCUCGUGCAGUGAAUUUUGAUAAGCCUUUUUGUGAAACUGAGGUUUUGACUUCUGAAGUUCCCGGGGAAUCUUUGAGAUCUCUUGAUGUGGAAUCCCUGAACGUUAAUGACGGGAUGGAUAUCUCCUCUGAACAAUUCUCAUUACGUCCCAUUUCGAAGAGUGAAUUGGAAGAUAACAGUCCCUCAACAUUUUCCGAGAGAAACCUGCAUCCAACAAGUUUAAAACAGGAUAUAUGUGAAGAGAAUGAACCAUCAUCUUCUUCAAAUGCAUCAAUACCUAUUUGUAAAGUGACUGAGAAUGAUGAAGAUCUAGAUUCUGUGAGUGAUGCAACAAGCAAGCCUAGUCCCAUAUCCGUUCUCGAACCAUUAUUCCAAGAAGAUGACAUUAGCCCUCCUGGAAAUAAGUAUUCAAAUGAGCCUAUUCGACCACGACAAAUACGGUUUGGAGAAGAAAUUUCACCACCUGUAGAACAAGUUUUCAGCUGCAGAUGUGUAAAUGAUGACAAGUAUACGAUUGAGUUUGUUAAAGCUGUGGUAGAAAUGUCUGGUUUGACUUGGGAUGAGCUUCUUAGAAGGUAUUUUCUCUCGGACCAUCUUAUAGAUCCAUCAUUGGUUGAUGAAGUGGACUUUCUUCCAGAUCUGCUUUCUUGUGACUUCAAUGUUCUCUUUGAUCUAAUCAACGAAGUGUUAAUCGAGAUUUGUUGUUUGAACUUUGGGUGCUUGCUAUCACUUGCAAUGCCAUAUGUUCAACCUGAGUUGAAAGGAAAGUAUAUCUUUACUGAGAUAUGGGGAAGAGUCGACUGGUACUUAAAGCUGGAGGGUCCCCGGCGUACACUAGACCAGAUUGUCGAGAAAGACUUAGAGAAACCUGGGAAAUGGUUGGACGUGCAGUUUGAUUGCCAAAGCAUUGGGAUUCAGCUGCAAGAGUCUAUUCUCGAAGAAUUGGUGAAAGAGACAAUUUUGAGCUUUGAUACCGGGGUAUUGGAGAGUGAAAUUUCCAUUCUCAUUCCGACUGAAGCGAAGGAGAGUGAUGUUGUUAAUGUUGAGGUAUGAAUAUAAUUGACUUCCAUCCAAGGAUUUGACUUCCAUUUGGGGCAGUCAGGAAGAGUCGUGGAAGUUGAGUAGACUAGUUUGCAGCCUAACUAUACAUGAGAACUUCCGAAGCACAAAUCUGAAAUCUGCCCGUGUUUCAAUACUUGGAACUAAAGUAACAUCGGAUUGCUGAUAAGUUUCACGAAGAGUUGUCCGGAACAACUUCUUGGGUAAAUGCUGCUGUAGGUAGUGAAUAGCUGACACAACGAGUUCCCUACUUUGUUAGUCAUGACAGGUUCACAAUGCACUCGAAGUUGUGGAGAUAUUUUUUAUUGUUUGAGAAGUUUGUAGGUAAUAGUGUAAGUGUGUAGCAUUUUGAUCGAGUUGGAGUUGGAGUUGGAGUUGGAGUUGGAGGGUGUGCUGGGUUUGUACAUUUUUACUUGGGUGUCUGUCUACUGGGGAAGAUUGAUUUUAGUUUGGUCGUCCCCUUGAUUGUCAUAGCUAUAAGUCUAUAACUAUAACAGAGUGUGUAUAAGCAGUGUUUAUGUGUAAUUAGAAAAUAAAGUAAAUCACACAUAUACACAUGUUUUCAAAUAGA